AUGACUAUACGGCACGUGGAGAUUAUUCCUCAUGCCAAAAGGGCGGAUGCAAAGGGUGUGGAAGCCGGAUCGGAUCUCUCAACCAUGGCAAUGAAUGUGUCUAGGAGGGUAGAGAAACUCACGGACGGCCUUUCAAGACCGACGAGACAAGAUUCUACCUCGAUGAGACACAAAUUCACCGACCGAGAUCCUCCUAAAGUUCAAGGGGCACGUGGUGAUGGUGGAAAUGUGAACGGACGAAAUUGCCCGAAUACCCAACGAAGUGGGCUUCGUAUCUCAUACUUCGGACCAUUCCAUAUCAACAUUGGCGAUGAACAGAAUUUUCUUAAUAUUCAUUAUCCCCCACCAUGUUCCGGGCUCCAGAAAGACCUAGAGGUCUUGGGAACCACGCUAGCUACAUGGUCCGCAAGUCAACAUGUUUGA